GCGGAGUCGCACCGGCGGCGGGCUCGUGUUGAUCGAUCGCGCUCGCUGCUACAGUGCGUGCGGCGAGAGAGUGAGGUUGGGAUGGCGAGCGUCGUCGGAGGAGCGGUGGUGGCGGCGGCGGCGGCAGGCGGGGGCGUGGGGGCGACGCCGCACGUCCUCGCGGUGGAUGACAGCUCCGUCGACCGCGCCAUCAUCGCCGCCAUCCUCCGGAGCUCCCGGUUUCGUGUGACGGCUGUGGAAAGUGGGAAGAGGGCCCUGGAACUGUUAGGCAAGGAGCCGGACGUGAGCAUGAUCUUCACCGAUUACUGGAUGCCGGAGAUGACGGGAUACGAACUCCUCAAGAAGGUCAAGGAAUCAUCCAAGCUGAAGCAGAUCCCGGUGGUGAUCAUGUCGUCCGAGAACGUGCAGACCAGGAUCAGCAGAUGCCUGGAGGAAGGAGCAGAGGAUUUCCUGGUGAAGCCCGUCCGCGCGUCGGACGUGUCGCGCGUCUUCAGCCGCGUGCACCGCUGA